AUGUUUUCGAGGGUGCAGCUCGCGGCGCGGCGGCAGUUGCUUGGGGCCAGCGGGUCCGGGUGCAGAUGCGAUGGGACGGCUGGCCUAGGUCGGCUGUUUUCGACUAGUGUGUCGAGGCGGGCUGACUUUGCGCAUGUGGUCAUAGGCGCCGGCGCGGUGGGCCUCGCCGUAGCCCGCGCCCUCGCAGCCCGCAACCCCAACACCCUCCUCCUGGAGCGCCACGCCCAGCCGGGGCAGGAGACGUCCUCGCGCAACAGCGAGGUCAUCCACGCCGGGAUAUACUACGGCGCCGAGACCCUCAAGACGGAGCUCUGCGUCCGCGGCAAGGGGCUGCUGUACGCCUUCUGCGCGGCCAACGCCGUGCCCCACCGCAACACGGGCAAGCUCAUCGUCGCGCAGACCCCCGCGCAGAGGGCGGCGCUGCAGGAGGUGUACGACCACUGCGCCGGCGCGCUGGGCGGCCGCGUCCCCGUGCGCUGGGUCGGCGGGGGGGAGCUGGCCCGCCGCGAGCCGGCGGUCCGCGCCGCGGCGGGGUGUCUUGAGAGCCCCACGACAGGGAUCGUGGACAGCCACGCGCUCAUGGUCGCGCUGCUGGGCCACCUCGAGGAGAGGGGGGGCACGUUCAGCCCGGGGAGCCACGUCGUCGGCGUCGCGCCCCUGGGCGCCGGGGGGAGGGGCGCAGGCGGGUGGGAGGUGGCGGUGCGCGACGCCCGGACCGGCGAGGAGGGCACCGUGACGGCCGACACGCUCGUCAACGCGGCGGGGCUGGGCGCGUGCGCCGUGCGCAACAUGGUCGUCCCCAGGGACCAGCACACGCGGACCUACUACGCCAAGGGCAACUACUUCUCCUACGCCGCGCCGUCCCCGCGCGUCAGCACGCUCGUCUACCCGGCGCCCGAGCCCGGCGCCGCGGGGCUGGGCACGCACCUCACGCUCGACAUGAGCGGGCGCGUGCGCUUCGGCCCCGACGUCGAGUGGGUCGACUCCGAGUCGGACCUGGCCGUCAGCGGGGGCCGGAUGGGGGACGCCGCGGCGGAGAUACGCAAGUACCUCCCCGGGGUGGACGUCUCUGCGCUCGCGCCUGACUAUGCUGGCAUCCGGCCGAAGCUGGCGCCGCGGCAGGCUGUGGUGGAGGGGAGGGGGUUUAAUGAUUUUGUUGUCCGGCUUGAGGAGGGGUAUGAGGGGUGGGUCAACCUGCUUGGGAUUGAGAGCCCGGGCCUGACGAGCUCGCUUGCUAUUGGGGAGAUGGUGGAGGGGUUGUUGUAUAGGUAA